AUGAAAUGUAAAGAAGAUGGAUCAGAUGAAACAAGCGACGAAUAUGCAAAUCGCGUGGCUGCAUUGAUGGCUGAUAAACUCGGUUUGAUAAGCACACCAUACACAUGCUACGAUGCGGUCGAUGAAGCGAAACGUUUCUUGAACGAAAGCAAACAGCACACGACCAAUGCCAACGGCAAUACGUCAGCCCCCCAAGCAACAAAAUUCAGACGUAGCAACAAGCACUUAUCGAACGCACAGUUGGACAGUAUCACCAUGAGAAUCAAACAA